GGCGGUGUACUUCCUGCUGGGCCUCGUGGAGUUGGGAGUUACUGAGGCUGCAGAAUGUUUAAGAAAUUUGAUGAAAAGGAAAAUGUUACAAAUUGCAUCCAACUGAAGACAUCUGUUAUAAAAGGCAUUAAGAAUCAGCUGGUUGAACAGUUUCCUGUAAUUGAGCCAUGGUUGAACCAAAUCAUGCCAAAGAAGGACCCUGUAAAAAUAGUGAAAUGCCAUGAACAUAUAGAGAUCCUGACUGUUAAUGGAGAACUGCUAUUUUUCAGACAAAGGGAGGGACCUUUCUACCCCACCUUACGAUUACUUCAUAAAUAUCCUUCCAUCUUGCCACAUCAACAGGUUGACAAAGGGGCUAUCAAGUUUGUGCUUAGUGGCGCCAAUAUUAUGUGUCCUGGACUAACUUCCCCCGGAGCAAAGCUUCAUCCAGCCGACACUGACACUAUAGUUGCUAUUACAGCAGAGGGCAAGCAACAUGCCCUUUCUGUGGGAGUUAUGAAGAUGCCAGCAGAUAAAAUAGAACAAGUCAAUAAAGGUAUUGGAAUCGAAAACAUGCAUUACUUAAAUGAUGGUCUCUGGCACAUGAAGACAUACAAAUAACACAUACCAGCGAUGUGGGAACUGUUGGAAGAAACAUGGAUAGACCAACUGCAACACAGACAUUUGUAAUGUUGGAUUUUGAGUUUUUUAUUUUGCUUCAAAUAAACCCAGCACUUCAGAGAAAACGACACCUUUUUGUUCAUCGGUUCUGGAUAAAUUCCUCCCUAUUGAAACCUGUUCCAAUUACAGAAGAACUUGUAUUUACUUCUCUGCACAACAAAAACAUGAAAAUUUAUUUACAACCUGACUUUCGUUAAAUCAUGAAUCACUGCAGCUGUCUUUAGCUUGUACAGUGGUUUGUACAACAUUGUUGCAUGGUUAAUUUCUCUUUGUUCAAUAAAUAUCCAAGAUUGCACAA